AUGGACGACAACUACCGCCCAGACGACAGAGCAGCGGCUUUCCGUGGUACGCAGCGUGGUUGCGGUCCCGUGCACGUGACCAUGCCGCCUACUGCCGCUAAGCGCACUGGGGCCGCUACAACGUUGCUCACCACCGCGCGACUUUCGCAAUCCUCCACACCACAGCAACAGCAGCAGCAGCGUCAGCAGUCAACUUUGCACUAA